AUGCUUGACCACCAGUCCUAUCCUCACAUCCUCGACACGGUGAUUAACCACCUCGACCUCAAGGGGCUGCACGUCAUGCGCCUCACAAACCGAGCGACCAACGACAAAGUGUGCUCGAUCCUAUACCGACACAUUGUGGUGGCCCUCCGUUCGAGCAGCAACAACCGAAUCCGCUUGCUCGACCCUUACGACUUCAAAACUCUUGUUUUCCUCGACUGCAACAAUCUGGCAUCUGCCUCCCGUCGCACCCCCGGCACCCAGGAGCUCAUUGGCGUGUCGCUGGAAGAAGGCCUCCGCAGGCUUACGACCUACACCAAGAUCGUCGAUUUCCGUAGCGACCCGCGCUUCCACCACGGAAUUGUCAGCGUCCUGGGACCAAUCGUUCCCGGAGUCAAGAUCACGCGUGAAGUGAGCAUUAUGCGCGAGACGGUCUGGGGGAGGCCAGCAAUGAUUCCCCCAUUUGCCUACACCAAUCACCGGUCCCACCGGCCGGCUCUCUUUCUCAACUUCAAAUUCGGAUCCCACCGUGCUGUCACGUUUUACUACGACCUGGCGUUGACUCGGGGCCUCGUCAAGUCAAGCGACAAAGAGUUCAUCGUCGUCGUGCGGCCAACCAUACGCAAGACCUGCGACUGCUGCAACCGCCCUGCUCUGACGCCGGCAUCUGCUGCGCAUGGGAUCUUCCCGGUCCUUUUGACUCACCUUGAGCGUUGGGGAGGGCCUACGCUUUCCAAGACAACAUUCAUCAAGGCCAAGACAUCUACCCUUCCCGCUACCGAGUGGGAUGACUUCGUCGAUGACAUUGCGGGAAAGUGGGCCUCGCGCGCGAGCAACUCGAACUGGCCGAUGACCUUCUCCCACGUGACGCCUGAGGACUUCCAGCAGUCAUCCGGCCUCAGCGACUUUGAUCUCGCUUUGUUUACGACCGCGCCCAGUUCAAAGGUACCUAGGCCUGUUGAGUGGUUGUCCUGA